AUGGUGGGUAUCAUGAUGCUCCCGACUACGACUCUUGGGAUGGUUAUGAUGAAUACAUCGAGAGCUAUCGGCACCCUCCAAGCAGGCCAUAUUUUGGUUCAGGAGGGAGAUAUCAGCAUGGGUACACACGAGGCUGUAGCAUUUUUCCGAUCAGACGAUCCUGUGCUUUUCCCGCCCGGCGAGUUCAAGCAUGACAUCGAGGACGCUAACUGA